CAUGUAAAACUAAAACCGAAUAGAGGAAGUAUUAGAGAAUUAACUUAAGGUGUAUCAAACAAAUCAAAACUCCAAAAUUUGGGCCCCAUUUCAAGAUUCCAAAUUUUAAUCAUUUCAUUACUUUCUCACUCCUACACCCAAAAAAUCCGCAAAUUUGCAGAAAGAACUUGGGUUUUCACCAUGAUAGGAUACGAUCAAGAUUCUACAACUGACCAAGAUUCAACAACUGACCAAGAUUCUCAGUCACAAAUGGAGGAUUUGAGUUCACAUGAUCAUCUUCCUUCUUCUUCUUUAAAUGGUGCAUUUCAAUCUCCACCCGAAAUCUCAACUACUGCCAUUAAUGAAGCUUCAACUGAAACUCUAGCUCAAUUAAACGACAACCGAAUUCAAAGCACUAGUGUUUUGCUGGACCCGUUUCUUGAUCCUCCAUCUUGUGCAGACGCCAUGUAUGAUUCUUUUGACGCCGAUGCUGAAGCUUCUGGAGAAAUUAAUGGUUUCAAUCGAAGUAAUUCGUCGAGUUUGGAUUCAGAGUAUAUCUACAUUUCGGUGUGGGACCCUCAGAAAGUUUCAGAACCUUCAAAUUUACUUGUUCCUGGUAGUGGCUCUUACUAUACUUACCUAAUUACAACUAGAACAAAAUUUCCGGAAUUUGAUGGUACUGAAUUUAGUGUUAGAAGAAGGUUUCGAGAGGUGGUGAACCUUUCGGAGCGAUUAUCGGAGGCAUUUCGAGGUUAUAUCAUUCCGUUGAGGCCAGAUAAGAGUAUAAUGGAAAGACAAAUGAUGCAAAACGAUGAGUUUGUUGAGCAGCGAAGAAUUGCUAUUGAAAAGUAUUUGAAAAAAUUGGCUAAUCAUCCUGUGAUUCAGAAAAGCGACGAGCUCAAGGUGUUCUUGCAGGUGGAAAGAAAGCUUCCCCUAGCUAUGACGACGGAUGUUGCCUCGAGGAUGCUUGAUGGCGUUGUAAAAUUGCCAGGGCAGUCGGCAAUUUCACCGGAGGAAGUUGUUCAGCCGGCAAAAAAUAGAAGGGAUAUGUUUAGGUUGAUUAAGGAGUUGAGGCAGGCGGUUGCGAAUAAUUGGGGCAGUACGAAACCGGCUGUGGUUGAUGAAGAUCAGGAGUUUCUGGAGAAGAAACAGAAACUUAAUGAUCUUGAACUGCAACUUAGUAAUGUGUCUCAAGAGGCCGAAAUGCUAGUAAAAGCGCAGCAAGAUAUUAGUGAGACAAUGGGGGAGUUGGGUUUCGCGUUUGUUAUGUUGACAAAAAAUGAGGUCGAGGAAGCACUUUAUGAGUUUCAAAGAACAAGAGCAACUGAUAUGAAGACCUUUGCAAUGGCCACUGCUAAAGCCAGUAGAUUAUAUCGGGAACUGAAUUCACAGACUGUCAAGCAUUUGGAUAAACUCCAUGACUAUCUAGGAAUGAUGCUAGCUAUUGACAAUGCCUUUACUGACCGCUCAAAUGCAUUUUUGACUGUCCAAACUGUUGAAUCUGAACUGUCUUCCUUAAAGUCACAAGUUCAAAAAUUAGAAGGUGCUUCAUUCAAAUUAUUUGGUGGUGAAAGAUCGAGAAUGCAUAAAAUUGAGGAACUAAAAGAAACAAUUAAAGCAACUGAAGAUGCUAAAUGUUGUGCAACUAAGGAAUAUGAAAGAAUCAAGGAAAUUAACAGGAGUGAGCUUGCCAGAUUAGACAGAGAGAGACGUGCAGAUUUCCUGAGCAUGCUGAAGGGCUUCGUUGCAAAUCAGGCAGGAUAUGCAGAAAAGAUGGCUAGUGUAUGGGAAAAGGCUGCAGAUGAAACUAAAGGCAAUGAAAACGGUGUUAAUUGAUGUAUACUCAUACUUGAUACUACUAGUUUUUUCUUUUCUUAGUUACUGUAGAAGUUUUGGUCUGUUCUUGUGGUAUGGUUAUAUGUGCAAUUAUUGGACAUAAAUACAAUAACCAUCCCACAAAAAUUUGUAUUCAAAUUUCGGUACAUAUUUGAGAUCUCUGAUAUGUGAAUGUGGUGAGAUUCGAGAUCAAAA